GAAAAAACGCGUGUAAAAACGCCAGAGAACUUGCCAUAGAAUGCUAACAAUGUCAGCCAACAUACUACAAAGAUGAAAUUGCAUUAUACACACAUCUUCCGUCGGCGUCAAACAAGGGCUAGAAAAGACGAGAUGGUGACCGGUGUUAUUUCCUUCUCUACCGACGGCACAUCUUUUCUCAUAUUGUUGCUAUUAAUAACACCAGCGGCUUCAAUCACAUGCUACGAUUGCACAUCCCAGACUUCGGAAAUGACAUCCUGCCACGCUCGCGCUGUUAACUGUUCUAGGUAUCACAACGCUUGUCACGUAAUAUACAUGGUCCUGUCAUACCCAGGUUUCUCGGCCAAGUUCUAUAUGAAGAAGUGUAGUUAUGCCGAGACCUGUGUAGACGAAUGUAGACUGCAGAACGCUACGCAAAAUGGCGCUGUUAACAAGUGUCACGUAGCAUGUUGCGUGACAGACUUGUGUAACGCAAGUUUCGAUUUCGAGCAAAAAGCUGCCGCCAGGAGCCUUUGGCCUUCUAUCAUGUUAAUUGGCUUGACUCUACUAGUUGUGAUUUUACAGUGAAAUCGCUAUCAAAUGUAACUCGAA